GAAAAUCGUCCACAUAAAAACAAAUAUUUGCUUCCAAUGUUUAUCUCCUUCAUCAAGCUAACUACUUCCAAAAACACAACCAAUCCAUUAUGAUAAUUUUCUUUUGUAGAUUCUUCUCUUUGCUUCCUAUUCUUUUUCCUUUCAACUCAAUUCUCUCUCAGCUUUUCUCAUUUCAUUACAUUUACAUAUGGAUAUACUUACUUCUUAUCUUGCCAUGAAGUUUUCCCUCUUUCUCAUGCUGUGACUUUUAAAGUUCCUCUUAUCUUUUUCUGAUUUUUAACAUCCUCCAUAAUUUCAUCAAGAAAAUUUUAUACACGGAGCCUGUGAAGUGAAAAGGCUAAAGGGAUGCUUUCAUUCCCAAGAAAAAAGAGUUCUGGGGGUACUGGUAAAGUUGGUAUGAAUGUUGAAGAAUGGGAAAUUAGGCCUGGAGGAAUGUUGGUUCAAAAGAGGAAUUUAGACUCUAAUCAAUCUGUUACAGUUCCCACCAUUAAAGUUAGAGUUAAAUUUGGCUCUACAUAUCAUGAAGUCUGUGCCAAUUCCAUAGCAAGUUUUGUCUUGUAUAUGGCAGGUGAAUUGAAGAAAACGCUUGCAGAACAUACUGGAUUACACCAUCAGGAUCAGAAGUUGAUAUACAAAAAGAAAGUGAGAGAUUCUAAAGAGUAUUUAGAUGUCGCAGGAGUGAAAAAUGGAUCGAGAAUGGUGUUAGUUGAAGACAUUGCAAGCAGAGAAAGGCGGUGCCUAGAGAUGAUCAGAAAUGCUAACAUUGAAAAGGCUUCAAAAUUGUUGUCCCAAAUCCGACUGCAAGUCGACAAAUUUGCUGAGCGUGUUACAGUUUUGGAAGCUAGUGCUUGUAGAGGGGACAGAAUCACAGAUAAAGAUUUUGAUAAUUUGAUUGGAAUGCUGAUGACAGAAUUGGUUAAAUUGGAUGAAAUUUCAAUUGAAGGAGAUCUAAAGUUGCAAAAGAGUGUGCAGGAAAGGAGAGUUCAAAAGUACAUUGAAAUUCUUGAUAUUUUAAAGCUAAACAAUUCCAAGCUUGGCAGCAAAGCAGGCAAAAUCCCACCUCAGCAAAAAGAUAAUAUACCAAAACCAUUGCAGAAGCAUAAGGUGCAAUUAAAGCAGAAGAAUUUGACAGAGCAAAGGCCAGUGCAGCAACAACAACCAAUGGCAUAUACGCCAUCUGUUGUUGUCACCACAAAAUGGGAAACUUUUGAUUGAAGUAUGAUCUAAAGAAUACAAUUUAUCCGUGCUAUUUUUGAAUUCAAUUCUCAUCGGUCUUCAUACUUCAGUUUCUCUACACACUGGUGACAACUGAGUCUAAAAGAUUUCUUUGUAUGUACUCUUCAAUUGAGAUGCCCACUUGCGUCUUCUGAAUUUCUUGUUCUUGUGGGAAAUCAGUCCUUUGCAAAUUGUAUAUAGAGGGUGAAUAAAGAAGCUGGAAUGUGUAUGCCAAGGAGACAUUAUAAACAAAUGGGUUGUAAAUUUGUAGAGAAGAAUUUUUGCUUUCUUUCUUUCUGUGUUUGUGUCACUUGAGACCAUUAGGCCAACUAAUGUAUGAUAUUAAAUAAUGAACAAUCAAUCAAUAAUCUUUCUGCUUUUUAUCAA